CGGUUCAAUACAGGAAACGAGUUGCAGAUACGUAAAACGGCAAAAGAAGGAAAAUAAUCCCUCCGCAAUAAAUUCCCUCUGCAGCUCAAUUUCCGUGCAGUAAUUUCACUUUAAUGCUCUCCCCUCUCUCUCGAACCUUCUUCUCCGGCGAAUCCUUACGGUGCCCGCUGAGGACUGAUUUCCCCCGCUCGGGCCUGUAGCCAUGGAGGACGAGGUCGAGUUCGCCGAUAAGGUCCCUCCAUCAUUUCACGAAAUGGUACACUUCGCCCGCUUCUACGUAAAUGUCAAUUUCAUUCCCUAACCUGAAAGAUCUAUGUCAUUGGGAUUGAAUCUUUAAUUAGAUUGAAAAGAUCGAUGUUUCCUUCGUUCUUUCAUGUAUUACGGGAUUGAACCUUUAAUUAGAUUGAAAAGAUCGAGGUCUCCUUCGUUGUUUCAUGUAUUAUAUCUUGGUGAUCUAGCGUUCCGACGCUCGACGAAUUAGUGUUUGAGCUGUAAUUAGGCGUUAUGCAUGUUGAUUGUCUGGCGAUCGGAAAAUUUUGCAUUCUUAUUACUUAUUGCCGAGCAAUGUUGUUUCCUUCUUCUUUUGUUUAUCCUCGUACGGUGCUCAUUAGAUGAUUAAUUUGUUUUCCACACCGAAAUAGGGUAACAAGAUCAUUUAUGAAACUGAAGCCAGAGGGUUCAACCCAGGAUUGAUGGUGCUGCUGCUUGUGGGGUCAUUACUGUUGAUAUUCCUUGUUGGGAACUAUGUGCUUUACAUGUAUGCCCAGAAGACCCUACCUCCAAGAAAAAAGAAGCCUGUCUCCAAGAAGAAGAUGAAGAGGGAAAGGUUGAAGCAGGGAAUCUCUGCUCCAGGAGAGUAGGAAUCAUGGUCCUGCUUUCUUUCUUCUCGGUAUUAACCGUUCUUUUCAAAAGUUUCUCAUGUCAUGAUAGUCAAGAGAGUUGUCACAGUUAAACUCUAGCUUCAGAAUUAGAAUAUUACCCAAUUUUUGGGUAGACUGGUAAGUAAAAGCAGUGGUUUGUGCUUGUGAAGUGCGUUUUCACCAUCAUUCUGGGUUUAUCUUUGUUUUCCCCUUAACAAAUAUGGUUCAUCGGCUUAAAUGGUUAGCUUGACUACGCGAAAGCAUCAGCCAUCAGUACAUUUGAAUCAGGUUAGUUAUGUUUCUGAUGGUCCAGACCAUUCAGUCGAAUUCUUCGAAAAACCCAUAAUUAGGGCUUAAUUUAAUUUUUA